GGAAUCGGUAGUUCGGGCACCCAGGGCAGUGCGGCCUCACCCACAACGACUUGGACUUCGCGACUCUAUACUAGUCCUUUAUUUCUGGUAGCGCCACAGCACCCCAACUCCGCGGAUGCGGGGGGGCGUGGUCCGCAUGAGCCAGAACCAAUGGGGAGGGAGGCCGAGGCGAGAGCCCCGCCCCCGACGUGACGCACGACCCCCGGACACAGGCUUCGCAGCCCCGGCCCCAGUCCCUGCAGUGGCUGUAACAAAACCCAGACCCCCAGGUCCGGGCCAAUGGAGGCGAUUUAGACUGGAGCCGGACCGCGUCUGUCAAAAGCCCGACUCGGCAGCAGCGGCAGAGUCCAGGAGAGCUGGAGCCGCAGCGCUGCUUCCCCGCCCCCGCCGGGAUUUAUUGAGUAUUUGGACUGGACAAUUAAGUGGCCCUGAUGAUGUUACCAAGCCCGGUCACCUCCACCCCUUUCUCAGUCAAAGACAUUUUGAAUCUGGAGCAGCAGCAGCAGCACUUCCACGGCGCGCACUUACAGGCGGACUUGGAGCACCACUUCCACUCGGCGCCGUGCAUGCUGGCCGCCGCCGAGGGGACGCAAUUUUCUGACGGAGGAGAGGAGGACGAGGAGGAAGAGGGAGAGAAACUGUCCUAUUUGAACUCACUAGCCACAGCCGACGGCCACGGGGGUUCGGGGCUCUGUCCCCAGAGCUAUGUCCACACGGUCCUGCGAGACUCGUGUAGCGGGCCUAAGGAACAUGAAGAGGAGCCCGAGGUCGUGAGGGACCGGAGCCAAAAAAGCUGCCAGCUGAAGAAGCCCCUGGAGGCGGCCGGAGACUGCAAGGCGGCGGAGGAGAGUGAGAGGCCUAAGCCACGGAGCCGCCGGAAGCCCCGGGUCCUCUUCUCGCAAGCGCAAGUCUUCGAGCUGGAACGCAGGUUCAAGCAGCAGCGGUACCUGUCGGCGCCCGAGCGCGAGCACCUCGCCAGCAGCCUGAAGCUCACGUCAACGCAGGUCAAGAUCUGGUUCCAGAACCGCAGGUACAAGUGCAAGAGGCAGCGGCAGGACAAGUCCCUGGAGCUGGGCGCACACGCGCCCCCGCCGCCGCCGCGCCGCGUGGCGGUGCCGGUGCUGGUGCGGGACGGCAAGCCGUGCGUCACGCCGGGCGCGCAAGCCUACGGCGCGCCCUACAGCGUGGGUGCGGGCGCCUACUCCUACAACGGCUUCCCCGCCUACGGCUACGGGAACUCGGCCGCCGCCGCCGCCGCCGCCGCUGCCGCCGCCGCCGCCGCCGCGGCCUACAGCGGCAGCUACGGCUGUGCGUACCCGGCGGGCGGCGGCGGCGGCGGGGGCGGCGGGGCCUCAGCGGCGGCCGCGGCCAUGCAGCCCGCCUGCAGCGCGGCCGGAGGCGGCCCCUUUGUGAACGUGAGCAACCUGGGCGGCUUCGGCGGCGGCGGCGGCGCACAGCCGUUGCACCAGGGUCCCGCGGCCGGGGCUGCGUGCGCGCAGGGCACCUUGCAGGGCAUCCGGGCCUGGUAGGGACGCGGCGGAUCCCCACGCGGCGGGCGCC